AUGGAAGAAUAUACACCUAUAGAUGGUAAAAUCAAAACAAACAAUAACAACAACAACAAUAAUAAUAAUAAUAAUAAUAGUAAUAAUAAUAAUAAUGAUAUAAAAACAAAUAGUCAACACGAUAAGGAUAAAGUAAAAAAUAAUAUGAUCGAUUUAGAACUAUCAGAAUUAUGGUGUAAAAAAUCAUUAAUUGUUAAUUUUGAAAAUAAUAUAUGUGAAAUAAUUUUAAAUAGACCAGAAAAAUUAAAUGCAAUAAAUAAGGAUAUGAUAAAUGGAUUAUUAAAUAUAAUAAAAAGUUUAGAUAAUGAUGAAAGAUGUUUUAUGGUAAUAAUUAGAAGUGCAAAUAGCAACUGUUUUUCAUCAGGCUCAGAUGUAAAAUAUGUUGUUGAAAAUAAAGAACAAGGUAUACAACAUUUAAAACAGCUCUAUUUGUAUAUUAAUUAUAUAUCUCAAAUGAAAAAAAAUUUACUAUGUAUAUGGAAUGGAUAUGUUAUGGGAGGUGGGUUAGGAAUUUCUAUUUAUUCAAAAUAUAAAGUAAUAAAUAAAAACGCUAUAUUUGCAAUGCCUGAAAAUAAAAUAGGUUUUUUCCCUGAUAUUGGAUGUUGUUAUUUUUUCAGAAAAUAUUUUGGAAGAAAUAUUGGAUUACAUUUAGGUUUAACAUCAUUAAGACUGAAUGAAGUAGAUUUGAUUAAUUUUAAUGUGUGUAAUAAUUAUAUUGAAAAUAUUGAUACUUUUAUGAAUAAUUUGAAGAAUAUAAAAGCAACAAAUCAAGACGAUUUCAAUAAAAAAUUAAAUAAUAUAUUAACAAAUGAAUGUGUUUCAAAAAUGUCUUAUAAUAAGUCUAAUAAUCCGGUUUUAACAGAUGAGUUAAUUAAUAAUAUUAAUACAUAUUAUAGUAGUGCUAAUACCUUGGAAGAUUUAAUAACAAAAUUAAAAAAAGAUAAUAAUGAUUUCUGUAAAAGGUUAUUAUCUGAUAUUUAUUCUAAUUGCUAUUUUAGUUGUAUGUUUUGGUUUUCUUAUUAUUUAUAUAAUUAUGAAAAAUCAUUAGAAGAGGUAUUAAAUAAUGAUUUCAAAAUUACUCAGUAUUUUCUGUUUCAUAAAAAUUCUUUUGAAAGGGGUGUAACAGAAAUAUUGGUAAAAAAAAAUAAAAACUUUCAAUGGAGUAAAGACGAAGAAACAAAUAAUGCCGACUUUGAAGAUAUUGACGAUAUUUUGAUGAACAAAAAUUUGUUGUCAAUAAAGGAAGAAUUUACAAAUAUGAGUGAAUAA